AUGCCUGUGAGGACUGCGGCGAGCGCUUCGGCAGUCGAAAGAAGCUCGCUGCCCACCUCAAGGACGAGCACAACCACUGCCCUAUCUGCAAUCGCUUCUUCAAUCAACCUCAUGGUUGUUUUUGCAAUUCACCCAAUUUGUGAGGAGUUUGACGGCCACUUCUACUGCAGGCAGUGCAAGCGGGUCUUUGGGUCGUACAACAAUCUGAAGAACCAUCUCCAAUCGUCGAAGCAUGUUGCCAAGGACAUUGAUUGCUCCGGAUGCAGCAGUUCAUUCGUGUCUCGCUCCGCUCUCGUUUUGCACUACGACGUCGGCGGUUGUCCUUCCGACCGCGUCAACUUGGUCAUCGUGGAUAUGAUGGUCCGACUGCUGAGCAAAGAAUCGAACAUCAUUGCAGACAUUCCCCGCCUCCGCACCAACGUCACUCACCUGUAUGUCCCAGUUGUCGCUCCCGGCGAGACUAGCCCACAUCAUGAUGAGAAAGUCUACGUUUGUCGCGGCACAGAUUGUGGUGCGUCAUUCUCCCUGUUGAGCGCCCUCGUUCAGCACGUCGACAGCGAGAAGUGCGACGCCUCACAGCACGAGAAAAUAGUGAGCGCUUUGGAGGGCGUGUUGACCGAGCUGGAGGCCUACCUCGACAAGUGA